AUGGUGUUCACUCCCCUCCCCGCCGUUCGCUCUUCCCGAGCGCCGCUGUCCUCCAGGGCGAAGGGGCACGCCUGCCUGCCGUCUCGGGCGUUGAAAACGCUCUCUGUUUCUUCUCUUCUUCGUCUCCAGAACUCCAUUGUCCCUGCGCCUUUUUCGCCAACCCUCAACGUGGAAGUCUCCCCGGCCGUCGACCACUCAAAACUUCGGGUAGAAAAUGCGCACAAACUCAGCGAGCGUUUCGCGCCGCUCUCUCGGCGUCAGCAAGGCAGACAGCCGUCUGAGUCUGCCUGCGCUUCUCCCUGCCGGCCAUCCGCACGCUCUCUGCCCCCGCACGGCCGAGGGAAGGCUUUGGUGUGGCAACGCCACGAUCUGGAGAGAGGCGCUUGCUUCCCCUCCACCUGCAGAGAGGGUGAAAAGAGCGCUGCCUUCUCGUCGGCUUCCGCUCGGCGCGCUCUGCCGGACGAGCAGGCGCUCCUGCGCCUCGCGUGCUUCCUGCCGCAGGGGAAACAGGGACGCGUGAGGUUGACGCGAGGAGACUCCGGAGACGCGCGCAAACCUCUCGCAUUCGGCCUUCGUUCGUCGUUCCCCAGUUCGCCAGUCUCUCCUCUCGCUUCGCUGCCUCUCCCUCCUUCCUUCCCUCCGUCUUCUGCCUCAGCGCCCGUCGCUUCUUCCGCGGCUUCUGAGCAGAGCGACGCUCUGUUGUCGACUUGGCGGUGCUUUCGAGGAGAAAUAAAAGCGUUUCUGGAGCACCAGCGAGACAGCGAUGGCGGGGCUGCAUGCGUCGCACGACUGGCGGCCGCGAUUCAGACCGGACAGGAGCAGGGCUUGACCAAAGCGGAGAGCGAAGAAAACGCACUCAUGGAAAUUAUCAGGGAGAAUACAGAGAAAACAGAAACAGAAGGCGACCUUGCAGACUGCCUCCUACAACGUGACCUCUGUCUCUUCAAGGCUGUCUCGACUAGCCUCGCGCUAGAGCACCUCUCUGUUCGUCUCCUGGCGCUUCUUCUCUCCGACCGGAAGCUCCACUCUUCCGCACCUUCUUCCUUCCCGUCUCCUUCGUUGCCUGGCCAAUCUCCGAAAUGCACGGAAGAGCAAACGACGCUGUCCGCCCGCAAGCCGGACCUCCAAACAGCGCCACAAACUGUCUCCUCCCCACACCCCGUCUCCACCCCUAAGGAGACAGUCUCCUCGGCAGGCCGUGCGUUGAAGCGUCUGCCGGCUCCUCUUUCGCCGAGGCUGGACACCUUUUCCGCGCGGCCGCUCCUUCCGGUUUCCACUCGCCUCUGGGUAGACGAAAUCGAGGGAAAUGAAGACGGGGGAGUCUCGGCGUGGGUGUAUAGACAGCUCUUGGUUCUCGGGGUGUUGUCUCUGCUUCCUCGCGCCUCGGGAUUCGCAGUCCAGAUGCCGGUUCUCCGGUCGCUCCUCGAUCGCGUUUUCCCGACACACAAAAGCUCUGUGCCACGAGGUCAGAGACACGGCGGAAAUCAGUCGCCGGGGACGACCAGAGCGACGCCCCACAGCACUGUCGGUCCUCUCGAAACAGAGACAAAGCCGGUCGAGGCGGCUGGGGAGAAGGCGAGGGAAGGGAACGGGGCUUCCAGAGAGAACUGCGUGGCGAAGAGCCACGCAAAUGCAGCGCAGGAGGGACUCGGCGAGAAAGCGGAAAGAACGUCAGACGUGGGGAAAGGACCUGACGCUUGGCACCCAGCUGUGGUCUUUCGCGUUGCUCUCCAGUCUCUGGCGACGUGUCCGCUCCCCUCGUUGCCCCUCGACGUUCAGCAGAAAUGCUGGGCUUCCCUCUACUUUUCUCUCUGGAACUGGGACCGACAGCAGCACGCCACCUUUCUCCGCUCGUCUCCGUUUUCAUCCUCUGCAUCUGGGGACGCCGUCUUGCGAGACGCAGGCGCUUCAGACACAGCCCCGGCUCCUGUCUCUCCUGCCUCUUCUCUCUCGCCUUAUUGUCUUUCUGGGCCAUCGUGUGUUGCACAUCCUUCCCCGUUUUCCUCUGCGUCACCUUCGACUGUCCUCGCUCUCUCUUCUCCGGCUUCGGCCCCCGAGUCUUGCUUCUCUCCAGCUGCGCUCUCCUCUUCGCCCUUCCCGGAGCCUCCGCUCAGUGCGAUAUGCGCGUGGACUUCUCUGCACACACUUCCUGCCUCUUCUCUCCCUACCGCACAAAACCUCGCCCCCGUUUCUUCCUUCUCUCCUGCCUCGGCUGCCGCAUUUUCCUCUUUUUUCGCUUCAUCUCCUCAGUCUUGUUCGUCGUCUCCGUUGUCGGCGACUGCUCAGGGCCCCUCUCCGGAGGUGCUCGUCGCGGCGGGCCAGGCCGUCUCCCUCUGCGCCGCGCGCGAGGCUGUGCAGCUCCUGCAGGCCUUGAACCACUUCAAGCAUCAGGUGGUCGAGUUGCCGUGGCUGUCAGCUGCCUCCUCCCUCGCGUCGGAAUCGAAUCCCACAAAAGCUGCAAAAAGGGAGGGCCAGACCCAAGUCCCUCCGCCACACGAAGCCUCUCCUCAAGAGGCGGCGCUCGCCCCUUCGCCCUCAUCUGGUUCCGACGCCGAGACUCUUCGGCGUCCCCCGGGCGCGACCCCCGGAGCGGCCGAAGUGUCUCCGCGCCGGCGGUCGGAGGAGUGGCUAGCUGGGCUCCAAGACCUCCUGCUGCGGGUCCUGACGGGGUUGAUUUCGGCCGUCGGGCUCGCGGAGACGCGGGGCAUUCUGGGGGCCUUGGGGAGACAGGAAGUUCGCGACGCAGUCUUCGUGCAUGCACUCGCGCACCGAGUCGCCGAGCUGAUGGGCGAGGUUCCCGAGAGGCGCACGCAGGCCGAAGCAAGCAGAAAAGAAACCGGCGAGAGUGGCCUGGAGAUGCGGCUCCACAGCCCCAACAGAGAAACGAACGAGACGGCGAGAGAGACGGCAGAGCAGGAGGAAAGUGGAGCUAGGAGAGGUGCGUGCUCCAUGCAGAAGAGCGCGAACCUUUCGCCGAGAACAGAGACGAAGGUGAAAGCCGGCACAGAUUCGGACGGCGACCGGGGUGUCUCGGAAGGGAAGGCCCUUGAGAAAUGCGACGAAGCAUCCAACUGUGGGCCGCCGUUCGGGUACAGCGGAAAGAGGCUCAAACUGACAGAAAUGCACAACAUCGUCAUGCUCGCGAUGAAAGCCGAGGUGUACGACCAGCAUCUGAUUGACGCGCUCGCUCGCCUCAUCGUUGGAGAAGCCCCGCCGUUUCCCCGCGCCGGUUCGCCUUCCCUUCGACUGUCUUCAGACGGAGAAGGCGAGACCCUGGAGCGUGCGCAGCUUGGCAGCUUGAUUGGCCUCGUGCAAACGCUGGGAAAACUGCAGGCGCGGACGAGUGACCCCGCUCUCUUUGACCGGAUGAUGCUCGCGCUGUGCAACGAGCUGCAUCGCCGACACGCCUUCAUCCACGACAGCACUUCGGGACAGGUGCUGUUGGGUCUGCUGCGCCUGCGGUUUGUUCAUCCGCCGCUGACCCGCGCGCUCGCGCUGAAGACGACUCGCGCGGCUUCUCGCCAGAACGCCCAAAACGCCUUGCAGGCGAAGGCGGAGACGCCCGCGCGCGUGGCCCCUGCGCCGCUCGCGGAAGACGCCGGAAACGAGCCUUCGCCGCCCUUCCCCCCAGAGCUGGCGGAAGCCGAAGACGCGCCGGGGCACGGGCAUGCCGCCGGAGGCAACUCAAAUCACUUUGUCCUCGCGGCCAACAUGAUCAGCCGCAACGGAUUUUACAGCUUUUCCCUGCUUCAGCAAGUCAUCAAACUUCAGCUUACCUCCGGAGCGCCGACGAGCGUCCUGGCGAUGACGCAAAUGCUGGCGACGCUGGCGAGGUUUGGCGACUUCCAGCCUGCGGACUCGCACCUGCGCCUGCUCAUCCGGUGGUGUCUUCCUCGCUUUGUCGCCGAGCUGCUGCGUCGCCCUACGAGUUCAAUUUCGCCUCUUAACGCGUCCCAGGUCCUUUCCUCCUGUGCCAAACUCCGCUACGUCGAUGUCCCCUUCACCUCUCACCUGCUCGCCAUAUUCACGUCUUCUUCUCCUUCUUCUUCGUCUGGGUUCUCGCGUUCCUCGUCUUCAGUUCCGGCCUCUGCUCUGAGCACAGACGCUGAGAGGAGCGAGGCUCGGGUCGAGAGGGAAAUUCCCCGGUCGUCCCCGUUGGCGUUCCCAGUGCUGCCGCCGUGUCCCUUCGACAUCCGUGCAUGUCGGCGGGUCUUGAAGACACUCGACGCAGCCGCGCUUGUCUCGAUCGUCGAGGCAGUCGACGCCCUCGAGUUCUGGACACCUACCUCUCUCCACCUUCUCUACCAGAUCAAGUGCAUUCUAGAAGACGAACUGCACGACUUGAAGGCCUCACAAAUCAUCGCCGUCUGCCUUGCCUUCCGCGACUGGCACUACCGGGACUGGGAACUUCCGGAUGCCAUGGUUGCUGGCGAGGCGCUGGUCGACGAGGCGACCGGCGACGAUUCUCAGCCUUCGACAACUGCGACGCAGGAUCUUCUUCCGUCCGUGUCUUCCUGGCUCGGCGCCUCUGCUUCUUCACUGCUUCCGCAGGCAGCCCCUCCCUAUCCACAGGCGCCUUCGAGUCCGUGUUCGCCCUCUCGUCUCCGUCCACGUCCUUCCGGAGCUCGCGCUGCUCCCCUGUAUCCCUCUCCGUUCGCUUCUUCGUGCUUUUUUUCGUCUCCGCUCUCUUCGUCCUCGCCCCGGUCUGUGGGGUGUGACGCGACAGUGCAGGCGUUGCAGUGGCUGCAUCGGAGCGCAUGGAAAGAAGAGCUUGUUCUGAAUUGCGUGGAGGCGCUCGAACGACACGAGUCCUUCGCGCUCGCCAACUGGCUCUGCAUGCAGAAGCUGAAGACGCUCGUCGACGCCAUCCACCUCGACAUCUUCUUUCCCUACUUCUCCUGGUUCCAAGCCUCCCCGUUUCCCUCUUCGCCCCGUUUCUCCUCGUCUUCCCCUGCUUUGCCUUCUGCGUCCUCUUCGUCUUCAGGCUCUUCAGCGUGUGGAGAGAGAGGGCUGGGAGCGCGAGCUGACGGCGAGGAGCCCCCGAGCAUGCGGGCGAAGACUUCUUGCAGCGUCACCGAACCCCGCGCGCCCGGGCCGAUGCAGUCGGACGAAGCCAAGGCGCAUGGAGGAGACACCGUCUCGAAAGAUCUCGCCCACGACCUGGCGCCUCUCCAGUUCGAAGUCCUCGACCUGACGCCUCCGGUGUAUGGACACCCGACGCACGCUGUCGGUCUCGCCUGCGAAGGAGAGACAGCGAACCCGCGACGCGGGCUCUCUGUGGGGCAGCAGGGCCAGCCGGGGGCGCCUGUCUCUUCUCUGGCGAGGGGCGCGCCCGCAGCGAGCGCGCAGAAGGAGAACCAACCUGUUUCUCACGUCGAACGUUUCCAGGUUCUGCCGCCCUGGCUCUGGAGACAGCUGAUGGACACCUGUCGCGUCACCCGCGGCGCGGUCGAGGCAAAUCGUCACUUGCACGACAGAGAAGGCGAAGACGCUUCAGACGGAGGAACCAGCGCCCGGGAAGAGCCGAGGGAGACGCCUCUGGAAGCGAGUCAUCCGCCGGUGUUGCAUGCCUUUGGGCACCGCGGCGUCGGCGCGGUCGUUGAGGGCGCUGGACCUUUCCGCGUCUUUGUGGGUCCUUUCGUGCGCGGCAUGCGCGUGGACGUGGUGGUCCAGCCGCUCUCUCGCGGCGAGGCACCGUCGGAGAAAGAGAAAAAGGCAUCGAAGAAAAUGCGGCGAAAGCAAGCGCCAAACCGAUCCCCUGAAAGCUCAGGGCCCAGAUAA